AUGUUGCUCAAGCCUGCGACACCCCUCAGCAUCUUGCUGCUGAUCGCCUUUGUGCUGCUGCUACUCUCAUGUCUUUCAACUCCUAUUGUUAAGGGAAUUCCUCUAGCGACUUUCAGAGAUGUCGAUUAUGGUGUCUUUGGAUAUUGUAAGGGUGAUACCUGUACCAAUAUCCAUGUGGGAUACACGAGCAAUGAUAUAAGUAGCACCGGCGAUGAUUUCAAUUUGCCUUCCGGUCCUCGAAAGUCGCUAUCCUCGAUCCUCAUCAUCCAUCCAGUCGCCGCCCUCCUGACUCUCAUCUGCCUUUGCCUGGCUAUCGCUGCCCACUUCCAUGCGCCCUCCCACUCGCCGCGCUUCCUGUUGGCGCUGCUCAUAUUAUUACUGCCAACACUACUCGUGACUCUCCUCGCAUUUCUCGUCGAUAUCUUGCUAUUUGUGCCACAUCUAGGAUGGGGUGGUUGGAUCGUGCUGGUCGCGACCAUCAUCCUCACCUCCUGCGGAGUGGUCACAUGUGCCAUGCGCCGAACCCUUGUGAGCAGGAAGGCAAGAAAACGCCGGAUCGCGGAAAAUGCUGAGAUGAGCGGAGAGAACUAUUACAACCGACAAAAUGCGGCUGCGGCUGCGGUUGGGCCCCCUGUUCCGGCUCCUGUCGAACCCAAGGAAGCCUUUAUGUCGAACUCUCUCAACUCCGACUCGGGCCCAACAUUCGCGACCUUUCGCACGGAAACACGCGAUAGCGAUGACGAUCGAACACCCCUAAACUCGCGGACUCCCAUGAGCGAUAUUCCGGCACCUCCGGACCACCGCGGUGGCCCCUAUCGCGCUCCGCAGGAUGAACUUGGCAAUAUCCCGCCUCAGGGCUCGGGUCCGUACGGCGCUGGUCCAAUGUCACGGAACCCCUCCGAUCUACGGAUACGUCCCCAAUAUUCCGAUGGCAGUAUGGGUUCCCGAAGAGGAGGAGCUCCGCCUGGCUUCAAUGGACGCGGGCGGGGUGGAUAUCCUGCCCGGGGUGGACGUGGAGGACCUUACAUGGGACCUCCUCGCGGCCCUUCCCCGGGCUCACGUGGUGGCUACAUGGGGCCAAUGCCAGGCCGAGGAGGCCGCGGUGGAAUGAUGCCGUCUCGAGGACCAGCCGGCUAUGGCCCCGGUCCAGACGGCUCCAAUCGCGGGUUUGACGCAUACGGUCGGUCUGUCUCGCCUCCCAUGGAUGACACUUAUAGUUAUGGACCACCGGGUCAGAUGCGCCAGCCAUCUCCCGGGCCAAUUGGCAUGGCCGUGUCACCGGAGACGGUAGGCCAAGCCAUUGAGAUGACUCCGCAACCUCGGGCGCAGUACGAUAUGCAUGAGUCGGCUCAACCAAUGAGCAGCGUACCACAAACGCUCUCAGCUGAAAAUAACAGUGCGGUCCCUGAAAGCCCGACAAGCAUGUACAGCCGACCUGGUUCCUAUGUUCCUCCUCGCUCCGGCUGGGGUGGGAAUGAUCAUCGUACUGUGUCCCCGCGGCCACAGGGGCAAUCUCCGCAACCCAACAACAACGGUGUCACUUACUACGAAGACGUGGAUCCCCGUUUCGCUCGUCGACCCUCCCCCAAGACUGACUCUGCAAUCCCUUCCUCUCUGACGCCUGGAGCUGCUCACUUUUAA